CCGGUAUUCGCUGCCUGGGUCCUGCUACACGUUUGUUGGCAGCUGAAUAUAUAAAAUGAAUAUAUUAUCAUGUUUAAGACUUUAUAUUUAAUGUUUGAUAAUAUUAUGUCAGCAUCGACUGUCCCGGCGAUUUAUUAUUCCUACAUGUUCAGACUACAAAGCGGAAGUAGCUUCUACUAACUUAGCUAAAGACUGUUUCCUACCUAACUACUUUAGUAUUUUAAAAGAUCUUUGUAAAAACAUGGCAGCGGAUGAAACAGUUUGCUCAGAGUUCAUAGACUGGGAAGUUGAUGCUUCGACGUGUAAUGGACUGAAACAGGAAAAACAACUGUCUGCCUCACAAAGAAGGUGCUACAGCCUCUGCAGGAGGAAGUCAUUUGCUGCCUUUGUUGCGUCCAAGAGGGACAGCAGUCAGGAGGAAGGAAGCUCAUCUUGGUGCUGCUGCAGCCAGACUUUCAGUGAACACUCUGCCAUCCACAAACACGUGGCCAGGACUCAUGAUACUGAAAUACAGCAGCUCACACAGGCCACGUAUGAGUGUUUGUUAAUCCAGCUGGAAGAGGAACCUGAAACACAGCAGCCGGACGAGCACGAGGCCGAGCCGGUGGACAUUUCUGCGUGGAUACCUGACACUAGUCACAUCUCUGAGUAGCGGCUUCAGAAGGGUCCAGGCAAGGUUCUGCUCUAUUAUCACUACUGUCAGGUGAAGGAUCCACAUGUCAUCUGUGCCUGGCAGAAAGCUUUGUGUGAGAAGCUCCACUUAACUGGCAAGGUGAGGGUGGCGACUGAAGGCAUCAAUGGGACAGUUGGUGGCACCAACACGGCCACUGACAUUUACAUCGACGCUAUGUGUUCACACCCUCUCUUCAAGAUGGAGAAGGAGGAUUUUAAGACAAGUGAUGGUGGUGCAGCGUGUUUUAAAGACCUGAGGGUCGGCGUCUAUAAAGAAAUCGUCCCAAUGGGAAUGGAUCCUGACGUUGUUUCCUACCAGCUGGCAGGAGUUCAUUUGGAACCGGAGGAGUUUCAUAAAGAAGUUGAGGCUCUGUUGGCUAAAGGGGACUUGUGCACUGACACCAUCCUCCUGGACUGCCGCAACUUUUAUGAGAGUAAGAUUGGGCAGUUUACUCAGUGUCUGGCCCCGAGCAUCCGCAAGUUCAGCUACUUCCCGGCCUACGUCGACCAGAACCUCGAACUGUUCAGAGACAAGAAGGUCUUGAUGUACUGCACAGGAGGGAUCCGCUGCGAGCGCGGCUCUGCGUACCUCCGCUCCAAAGAAGUGUGUAAGGAAGUUUACCAGCUGAAAGGUGGAAUCCACAAGUAUCUGGAGCAGUUCCCAGAGGGUUUCUAUCGAGGGAAGCUUUUUGUGUUUGAUGAACGCUACGCCAUCUCCUCCAACAGUGACAUCAUCUCAGACUGCAGGUACUGCGGCAGUCCCUGGGACCAGUACAAACUCUGUUCCACCAACUUCUGCUGUCAGCUGGUUCUGUCCUGUCCUGACUGCCGGCAGGGCGGACACACCGCCUGCUGCCCCACCUGCCAAACCAAAGGACAGACUCAGAGCAAGGAGUCCCCCGCUGUUCCCCCGCAUCACAAAGAGGAGUGUGAGUGCACUGAUGGACGUCCCAGAAUCCCUCAGGAUGUGUAGCGAUACAGAGGUUACGACUGCAGGGGACAUUAACCAGAUUGUGCAACUACAACAAGUGGAAGGUGCCUGGUAUAUUUUAAAGUUGUGAUUUUUUUUUUAUAUAAAUUUUGGGAAUUAAGUCAGAUUACUUUAUGUAAGGAGUUUUAUUGAUCUGUGAAUUUGAUAUUAGACGAUAAAACUGUUCAUAUUUUAUUGAGAAAAUGUCAGAAUACAUAUGAGGAAUCUGUAAGUUUUAAAACAUGACUUUUGUGAAACUGGAA